CCAGGGGACUACAAGUGACUCAGGGGUAGAGGAGUUUAUAGCGGCCCACAUUCAAAACAUCUAUUUCGAGUUACUGAACAUGAUCCAGUACAUGGUUUACUUCAAGAAGUAUUAAAAAAUUUCAACAUUGUGGUCUGCGGAAAAAUUGGAAAGCCCUGUCGAUAAGAUGAAUCCAGAGAAGCUUAAGAAAUUGCAGGCGCAGGUGCGCAUUGGCGGCAAGGGUACCCCCCGUCGCAAGAAGAAGAUUGUGCACUCCACGCCCGCCACCGACGACAAGAAGCUGCAAUCGUCGUUGAAGAAGCUUUCGGUGAACACCAUUCCCGGCAUUGAGGAGGUGAACAUCAUCAAGAACGACGGCACCGUCAUCCACUUCAACAACCCCAAGGCGCAGGCCUCGUUGCCGACCAACACGUUCGCCAUCACUGGCCAUGGUGAAAACAAGACGAUCACUGAGAUGGUACCUGGCAUCCUUACGCAACUCGGACCCCAGGACAUCAACCAGCUGAAGAAGCUGGCCACGGAGAUUGCUAACAAGAGCGCCGCCGGCGGCGCAGCCGGUUCCGCCGGUGCUGAUGCCGGUGACGAUGAUGUACCGGAUCUCGUUGAGAACUUUGAGGAAGUAGCCAUUGCCGGUGCGAAGGCUGCUGAUGAGAAGGCCGGGGAGGUGGCGGCAUCGGCCUAAACGCCAUCUGGCCACUACUGGACAAAUCACCUAAACACACACACACACACCGAAAACACAACACACAUACAAACACAUGCGGCGGAGAAACAGAACAGUUCGAAGGGGCACGCAUACAGGGCAUACCCUUCCCUGAUAUCACAGACCAACCUUUCCGGGAAAGCUGGAGGCGGUAGAUAUUCAGAUAGAUGUGGUAUGUCACUGGAUGAGCCGCCUUCGCGUUCCUUCUCUACUUUUUUGGGGGUCAUGCUAUUAAAACACACUAUACUAAAUACUAAAAAAAAAAAAAUAAAGGCAUCCUAGUGAGCGCUGAACAGAACACAUAAUAUAAAAUACUAUAUUUAAUAUAUUAAGGGAACCUUCAAUCUUAAUCUACUAGUAAUAGUUUGGAAGCGAAGUGUACAACCGUCAAAAUGUAUUUUCCAAAACGAUUAAAGCACGUUUCCUCAACCCGAAAAAGAGUCAACAAUCCAAAACACACACACAAUAUAUGACAAGAGACACACAUUCUAAUUUUGCCGCCGCCUCCCGCAUCUACAUAUAUAUAAAAAUAGUACAUAGGACAGUUUUUGGAACGAAUAUCGAGGUGAUUUAUAGGGGACUAACGAAGACACUCCAGAAAAAAUCAUUGCCACAAGGAGACCGACGACCUGGUAGCGGAAGAGAGGCAUAUAUAUAUUUUUAGCUAUAGCUUUUAAUAACCAAUACAUUAUGAUGUAUAUCCCGCCCGCCGCCCACCACCCCACAAACCCCUCACCAAAUUCAUUCAAAACAUAAACAAGAGUCCAAAAUUUUCUGAUUUCAAAAUCAUUGUACCAAAAUUGUUGAAAACGUUUUAUAAUUUUUAAUCUAUUUUUUUAGAUCAUCAAACUAACAUACAUUAAAAGAACUGUAAAAACACAUGAAAUCAUA